AUGCAGGAGAAGCUGGCCGAGACACCGACCCCCACCUCAUCGCGGGCGUCGUCGUUUUUCAUCGAGAACCUACUUGGCAAGGAGCGGGAUGGGCAGGAGCUGGCGUCGGACGGCAGUCGAUGGGAAGCGGGAGCGGUGGAAAUCGUCUCUGUUGACCGAGUCGUGAACUCGCAUCCUGAGCCCCACGGCUCCAGCUCCACGGCCCGAUCCCCGUACAGGGAGUCCCCGCUGCAGUGGUACCGCGGGGGGGCUGCAUCCCUGAACUUCAGAGCGUCGGACACACCACACAGUCCAUCAAGGGACAAUACAAGUCCAGAGGACCACUGCUGCUCCAUGACGACCAGUGACAGAGGUUCACCGGCCGUGUCCGAGUCCAUAACCGAGGGCAGCGACGAGACCGAGCAGAAAUCAGGGGACAGCCACCUGACAGACGACAACGAGGACGCGCCCCAUGCAUUUGGCGCACGGCCGGAGCAGGAGUCCGACGCGAACUCCACUCGGAAGAAGAAGACCCGCACCGUGUUCAGCCGCAGUCAGGUCUUCCAGCUGGAGUCCACCUUCGACAUGAAGCGGUACCUGAGCAGCUCGGAGAGAGGGGGGCUGGCGGCGUCUCUCCACCUGACAGAGACCCAGGUGAAGAUCUGGUUUCAGAACCGGAGGAACAAAUGGAAGAGGCAGCUGGCGGCGGACCUGGAGGCUGUUCACAUCCCAAACUCCACGCAGAGGAUUGUCCGGGUCCCCAUUCUCUAUCACGAGGGGCCCACACCCACUGCUGCUCUGGGUUUCAACCUGACCGGGCAUCCAGGCUCUGCACACGUCGCGGGCUUCCCCAGCUCCUUCAACUACCCUCUGUCCUCGUUUGCUCACUCCAUGAGCAUGCUGAGGUCGCAGAUGACCGGCCUGGUGUAA